CACUUCAGCCAAUGGGCGAACCGUUGUGAGUGAUGGGAAGAGUCGGGUGCAGAAGUGCGCACCGAUAACCCGGCUGUCAAUUAGCGGAGAGCCUUCACCGAGUCGUGCGAUGGAGUGGCGCCAGCAGACCAGUGUGAGCUGUGAAGAGGCCUUCAACGAGGCUCAACGCUGGAUCCAGGAAGUGACUGGAAAAUCAUUUGGCUCCAACGACUUCCGUGCUGCGUUGGAGAAUGGAGUCCUGCUUUGCGACUUGAUCAACUGUCUGAAACCUGGCGUUAUUAAGAGAGUUAACCGGCUUUCUACUCCCAUCGCUGGCCUGGAUAACGUCAACGUAUUCCUGAAAGCCUGCGGAAAAGUGGGACUGAAUGUGUCUCAGCUGUUUCAUCCAGGCGACCUGCAGGACCUGUCCACUCGGGCAACACUCAGGCAAGAUGAAAGUGACCGAAGACUCAAAAACGUCCUCGUCACGAUCUACUGGUUGGGUCGCAAGGCUCACUUGGACGCAUUCUACACUGGUCCUCAGCUCAACUUCAAGGCCUUCGAGGGGCUCUUGGGAUUGGCCUUGUCUAAAGCGCUAGAUGAGGGCUGGUAUCCAGAGAGGGAGGAAUGUCGCGGCCUGAGACCGAGCUACGGAUCUGCCAAAUCUGUGGACAACAUUGACUCUCAAGAUUUCCGAACCCUCCGCCCAAACAGUGAAGGCUGUGGAAGUGACGCUGAAGCUGAGCAGGUCUACAAGAUGGAGACAACCAAGCAAAACAGGGGAAAAGGGUUUAUCCCUCCGCCACCUCCACGGAGAAAACAAGGCCGGGAGGAGAUGGGAAGCCCAUUAUCCAGAACUUAUCAAAUCCAGGUCAGACCUGAGAGACCAGUCCAGGUCAACCCUGGCUGGAUUUGGAGCAAAUCACUCAGUGACAUUCCGAUGGUGUACCCUGUGCGUAAAGUUCCUGAUGGGAACACCAUUUAUGCUUUGGACCACAAAGAGUGCGGCCUUGAAAACAAACGGAAGUGUAGCGUUGCUGCCAAGGACAGUGAAGCUCAGUGGCAUGACGACUUGAUGAAGUGGAAGAAUCGUCGCAGGAGCACAAAGUCUGACCUCCGCAAGAAAUCUCAAGAAUGGGACCAAGUCAUUAACCAGAUGGCCAUUGGUGCCAUGAAUAGAUUUGAAAAGAAAGAAGUACAAGGCAGACUGCCACGAGACCAGCAGUCCCCACGCAGGCAUUACGCUUCCCCUCGUCCUUACUCCACCUCUCCGCCAUCAAAAUCACCGAGCUGUAAUCUCCGCCCACAUACUCGGGCUCUGCUGGCCUGCAGCUACUCCACAGAGGCACCUUUCAGCCCCACGUCUCCACUUGGCACCUACAACUCAGCCUGCGCUUCGGGAUCCUCAUUUGCCGCUAGGCCUGCCUCUAAUGGGAACAUACUGGGAGAGAAGACCUACGCUGCCUCCUUGGCUUCAGAUGGUGCAAGAGUUACCACCCCUUCUCUAGACUUUCCUUUCAGCUCCCAGACCCAAGUCAAGGCACAGUGCAGCCCGGCUCCUCUCCAGCCCACGACACCACUGGCAGGUGUUGCUGUGCUGGAGGACACGUCCCAGAGAGUAUGCCAGAAGAGCUCUGUGGAACCGGCCGUGGAGCAAGGCGCAGGCCAGCAGGUUGCAGGCGUCUACAAGUACUUGUCCAGGACAGGAUCAUGGUCCGGCUCGGCCAGCCUUCCUCGUGGCUACCGGCGGUCAGAGGGCUCGUCUCGUCUCUCUUCUGCAAUCACGCCCAGACCCUUUGGUACCAGGCAGUCCAGUGUGUCCUCACUGCAGAGACCGUACAGCGUAGACGACAACGAGGGUCGGCUUUUAAAGAGUGAGAAAGAGGAGCCUUUUUCUCCAACCACCAAAUCUUCUCUCAAAAGGCAGAAUGCGACCGCCCAUCUGAAAGGUCAGCACCCGGCCUCCAUCAAACCGGAGGAAGCUAACCAGGCGAAGCAGAGUGGCACGGCUCAGACGGGGGAGGUGAAAGGUGCCACUCUAUCCAGCAAGACCAAUGCCUACAACUAUCAGCCCUACUCCCAAACCAAGCUAGUUCCUCGGCCGUAUGCUAACCCGCAGAGUCACCCCACCAAAGGCUUGACCCUUCCUUCUCAUGCCAGCAAUGACCUCCCAAAGGUGGAUCACAGUGACAUGAGAGUGAGCCUUACUCUUAAACCUAACAGUAUACCAGACUUUGGUAUCCAGACUCACUGGGACUCCACAGGGGCGAGAGUCGAAUACAUCCAACCUGGCAGUCCAGCGGAGCUUUGCCAGCUGUGUGUGGACGAUGAGAUUGUGGCGGUUAAUGGAGUUGCAGCGGCACAAAUGAACUCCAAACAGUGGAAGGAUGAAAUUACGUCUUCCCUGCGAACCGGCAAUCUGACCAUGGACAUUCGGCGCUAUGGCAACAAGGAUUGGAGCACCAGUGACGGCUUUACUCAAAACCAGCCAGGCCAGAGCAGAAUGACCCUCAAUCUGACUGCCGCAGCGCCAGUUCUGAUAGGUUGCUCCGAUCACCAUGCCAACAGUUGUACCGCUACAGAAACCACCGUCAGGAAAAUGUCCAAAAUGAAUGGGCAGAUGGACAACGUUGUACACGGUAAAGUCAUGCAUGGGGAGCUUGCUGACAACCACAAGACAGCCAGAAGUGAAGAUUGCAAUAAUUUUGGUAGUAAAAAUCAGAAAAAGAGGGCGGAAUUUUUCAAACUUAAAGGAGGUUCAGAAUCGGCAAUAUCCGAUCUCAAAGUGCCAUCCCUCAGGCCCUCCUCCUCCAGCUGGUCAUGGGACCAUGAGGAGGAUCGAAGGCGUCAAGAGAAGUGGCAAGAAGAGCAGGAGCGCCUCCUACAGGGGCAAUAUCAGCGGGAUCAGGAGAGGCUUGAAUCAGAGUGGCAAAGAGCACAACGAGAGGCAAAGCAGGAGUUAUGCAGGAAUACGGGGCAGAACUCCUUUGAGAUGCCUGGUGGUGGUGAGAGCCCUGCCAGCACCCAGAUCUAUGCGAAUGGAUUGACAAACAAAACCAGAAAAGAGCCGAGCCCUGACCGAGAUGAGCUGCAGGAAGCCGGAUCGAAACCUCAAAGUAAUGCACAAGGAGAGCGGCAUGACAAGAAUUCAGAACACGCCUGGGCUGAGGACUCCUGCGGCUUUGCUCAGCUGUCUCCUGCACACAGGGCGAAGUCCUGGUCCACACCAGCAUUAGCAGGCAGCUACAAACCAGGAAGCGGGGAUGAGAGGAAGACGAGAGGACAGUCUGUGUCUAAUGCUGAGAAAGACCGGCAGCAGAUACUGGAGGAGAUGAAGAAAAGAACUCAGCUUCUGACUGAUAACAGCUGGAUACGUCAGCGCAGCAGCAGCUUUUACAAGGAGCCCAUCUAUGUUGGGGUGCCAAUGAAGAGGUACGAGUCUCUGGACGACCUGGAUGCUUUGCGUCUGUCCGCUCUCUCGACCGCCACAUUCAGCUUCCCUCGUCCACACUCUGCUGCUGCAGGUUACCGCGCUCCGACCAGGAACGCUUCCUCCCGCUACAGCACUGGAACAAUGUUACCCCAGAGAAAUGAAUUUGACUCUGCUCAUUACGGCGGUGUGUGGGCUGCCACCAACAUCUCAGAGGAACUCGGACUGCAGACCACCAAACCAGAAGCCCCACUGUGAACCCUGCUAUUUGCAGCGCAAGGCAUGCUGUACUACAGAUCAGAGAGUGCAUCGUGGAUCGCUGGGAGCUCCUGUUGGAUAUACUACAAACACCCAGUGGAAACAUCAUCCACACAGCCAAGCCGUGCCUUUUUGACUCAAACAGUAACUGCUGGUAAAACUAAACUGAUGUGAUACAUACAAUAUUAAAUAUAUGGCUCCACAUACAAAGUAGACAUUUAAUAAAGUAUAGUUAAUGUUUUUUUUUUUUGCUAAUGUUUACCAAGAUGUAGGUUUAAUAUAUAAAAUAAAGUUAUUAUGAGUGUUUGAAUGCUUUUGCUCUGAUGUUUUGUCAUUUGUCCCUUCUGCUUUUGUCCUUUUUGAUAUUACUCAAAUAGUACGUUAAGGAUAUUUUAUGUUGAUGUAACCUAUGUGUGAAGGCUCAUUUUAAUUUUCACUAAAGCACUUUGUUUCGUUCUGUAAUCUUACAAAGUGCACUUUGGGGUAAAUCAGUGGUAUCUGUAAUGCAUGUGCUUAUGUGAAAGUAGGGAUCUUAACUGAAACCUUUUUUAGUAAAUAAAGUGCAUUAACUAUGA